GUGCGCAACUCUAUUUUCAAUCGCAGCAAGUAAUCAUCAGCACAUCGUCCCGGGACUGUCCUCUGUUCGUCCCACCACAUCUUUAUAACUAGCGAUUCCGUCCGAGCCAUAGCUCGAUUCUUUUUAAACAACUCCUCAAUUGUCGUCCAACACUGACCGUAAACAUGCAACUUAUCAACCUCCUUGUCCUUCUUCCUGCGCUCGUCUCCGCAGCCCAUGGAGACCCCCGGAGAAUGAGUUACUCUGGAAGCUGCAUCAUUGCCAAAGACGGAACGUGGUCACCAAAGUGCACGACGGCCUACGUCGAGGCGGCACUCGGAUCACAGUGCAAAGAGCUCGGUGGUGCCUUGAGUAACAUCAACUUUCAAACCAGCGUUACGCAGAUCAACUACCGUUGCAACUGCGUACACGGAAACACCAAGGACUUCACUUACAAUGACGGCGUAUUUGAGGCAAAGGCUGUGAUUGGAGAUAAGUGCUGAGGUAGCACGUCAUCCAGGGUAAAACAAUUAGCACACAUACCAGAGAACCCAAUUGCAAAACUCUUCUACAUAUUACAAGACU